GUAAAAAUAUUUGCAUCAAAAUAUGAGUCAUUCUAUACCACUGAGAGUUAUUUAAAAUACGGCCCUGGUUUACUCAGUGGUUUUUGUUUGUUACCCUGUGCUAGCCCUGUGUUUACUUUUUCGGAUUUAUAUCAAUAAUUUCCAAAGAAGUAACAAUAUGAAUUCUUCAAAGAGUCAAAAAUUGGAAAGUGGUGAGAAAAAUAUAACUAGUACCAAUGAGAAGAAUAUUCGAAAAAGAAAAUUAAUAUCCACGCAAUUAAAUGAAGUUGUCAAUGAUAAUUUAAUUCUCGAAUCAGAAGUUUCAUCAUCAAUUGCCGAGACUCUCUUAGCUCUUGAACGAAAUCUCUCGAAAAAUUUAAGUCAAAUUAAAUUCAAAGCACCUGUUGAUUACAUAUACAAUCCUGUUGAUUAUGCAUACGAUGUUCAUGCAAAUUAUGUAAAUACCUUUUGUCAAGGGACGAAAAAAAUUUUAUAUCUUGGAAUUAAUCCCGGACCAUGGGGUAUGUCACAAAAUGGUGUUCCAUUCGGUGAAAUCUCAAUGGUUAAAGAUUGGUUAAAAAUAACGGGAAAAAUUGAUAAACCACCACGUGAACAUAAAGAACGACCAAUCACUGGUUUUGAUUGUACUCGUAAAGAAAUCAGUGGAUCAAGAUUUUGGGGAUUUUUUAAAGAACUUUGCAAAACACCUGACGUUUUCUUUCGUCAUAGCUAUGUUCAUAAUUAUUGUCCUUUGGCAUUUAUGAAUUCAAAUGCUAAAAAUAUUACACCUGCAGAUUUAAAGGCUGCGGAAAAAAAGGAAGUUCUCCAAAUUUGUGACGAAGUUCUUAAGGAGAUCAUUGAAUUGCUAAAAGUUGAGAUUAUCAUUGGCAUCGGGAGAUUUGCUGAGGAAAGAGUAAAGGAAAUUUUAAAAAAUGAGACAAGUACCGUGAAUGUAAUUUAUAUGCCACAUCCAAGUCCACGGGCAGUAAAUAACGAAAAUUGGCCUGAGAAAGCAAAAAAUACUCUUGAAGAGAAUAAUUUAAUGAAAUUUUAUUCAAACUAAAA